AUAAAUGACGGAGAAAAGGGGAAAUUAUUUCUUUCUUCAGAACAAAGAAAAAGCGAAAAAAGAAAACGGGGCCUAAAAAUUACUAACUUAAUUGUAACACUGGAACAACAAACAGAACUAAAGAAGAACGAUUGAGACUUGUUCCUCUCUGCCUCUGAGUUUCCGAGUUCGAGACUCAGUUGAGAUGGGUCAGGAAUCGUUCAUAUACAGCUUUGUUGCUCGCGGCACGAUGGUGUUAGCUGAGUACACCGAGUUCACGGGAAACUUCCCGGCGAUUGCAGCUCAGUGUCUUCAGAAACUUCCGUCCUCCAACAACAAGUUCACCUACAGCUGUGACCACCACACCUUCAAUUUUCUCGUCGAAGAUGGUUACGCAUACUGUGUUGUUGCCAAGGAAUCUGUUAGUAAGCAGAUAUCUAUUGCUUUCCUAGAACGUGUCAAGGCGGAUUUUAAGAAAAGAUAUGGUGGAGGAAGAGCGGAUACAGCUGUUGCCAAAAGCCUCAACAAGGAAUUUGGACCAGUUAUGAAGGAGCACAUGAAGUACAUCAUUGACCAUGCAGAGGAGAUUGAAAAGCUAAUUAAAGUGAAGGCUCAAGUUUCAGAAGUUAAAAGUAUUAUGUUAGAGAAUAUUGACAAGGCUAUGGAUAGAGGAGAAAAUCUAACUGUUCUUGCGGAUAAGACAGAGACAUUGCACUCACAGGCCCAAGACUUCAGAAAGAAAGGAACACAAAUCCGUAGAAAGAUGUGGUAUCAGAAUAUGAAAAUUAAAUUGGUUGUUCUUGGGAUAUUGUUGUUUUUGGUCCUGGUUAUCUGGCUUUCAGUCUGCCAUGGAUUCAGCUGCUCAAACUAGCAAAGAAUGAGCAAGUUUGCGGAUAGUUUUUGAAUUGAUGUUGUAAAAGCAAUUUAGCAAGAAUCUGCUUAGAAAAAGGAAAGGUUAGUGAAUGGAAAAAGUUUCCUACCUUCUUUGUUGGUCGAUAAUGAUAUAUGAUAUAUAGUUGGAAAUCCAAGAGUGGGGAAGGGUUGUCUUGUAUCUGUACUGGACUUUAUGCCCUUGUCAAACAAAUUGUAAUUUUUUAUCUCAUUUUGUUUUCUUUUCUUUUUUUUUUUAAUCUUUAAUACAUGAAAGAAAAAAUAUUAUCGAA